AUGUCACAAUUCGAGCCAAGCACACCGGCGACACAAGAGACUACCACAUCUCAAAUUUUGAACUAUCUCAUCGGCUGGAUAUGCAUACUUCCAAGCGAAUACUACGAAGCGGUCAAGAUGUUCGACGAGAUAUAUGAUUCGACUUCUAUAGUUCGUGGCCGUGACGACAGGAAUGACUAUGAUAUCGGGCGCAUUGGCAAUCAUCUCGUGGUUAUGAAUUGUCCAGCCGCUGGAACGAAGGGGCAGAUCCGUGCAGCGAGGAUUGCAACCGAUAUGAGAAGCACAUUCCCAGCAAUCCGGUUUAUGCUUCUUGUUGGCAUUGGAGGUGGCUCACCCUCUAGGCGUGACGUUCGCUUGGGUGACGUAGUCCUUGGGACUGAGGUUGUUCCAUAUGGAAGUGGGAAAUAUACAGAUCAUGGUUUGGAAAUAACCGGUCAUAUUGGAUCUCCGCCUCCGAUACUUCAAAGUGCGAUAACCCGACUCGGAUCAAAAUUGAGACAGGGUUUCAAUGUAGAGGAGACCAUCCAAAGUCUCGGGCAGAACACCGUUCAUCGACCAGAGCAAGACAACCUCUACUCUAGCAAUUACAUGCAUACCAGCCGCUGUGAUUGCCUGAAGAUGGAACCUCAGGCCUUUGGAUCUAUUUGCGCUCGAACUCCCCGCAAUGAUAACCUAGUCCAGGUGCAUGAAGGAGUGGUUGGAUCUGCGGAUCACGUCAUGAAAAACGUCAGUUACCGUGAUGAAUUAGCCUUAAAAUUCGGUAUUAUAUGCUAUGAGAUGGAGGCAUUUGGCAUCAUGGACACUAUUUCAUGCCUCACUGUGCGUGGAAUUUCCGAUUACUCGGAUGGCCACAAAAACGACGAAUGGCAUUCUUACGCAUCAUUAUCAGCGGCCGUAUGCACAAAGGAGCUUUUGAGUACCAUCACGGAACGGGCAUUAUCACAAUGUCCAUUUGAGGUGACUCUAGACGAAAUUGAACGGUGGGUUAGAGGUGGUGUUCUUCAAUUCAACUACUCUAUACACCCAUUGCCAGAGCCUCAAAACGAAUACCAGAUAGCGGAGCGCAGUCUCGAUACGAUUAUUGAUCGAUAUGGACUGGUCCAAGAGUUGAUCGUCCCCCAGCUGUAUAAAUUGGUUGAGCAAACUGAUUCAGAAAAUGACCAGCAGCUUCAAGAUUCAGUGUCUUCAUUGGAGGCCCUGCAGAAAGAGCUGCAGGAGUGCCUGAAUAAGCUUCGCAGUCGGGUCAAAAAGCAAGCAAAAAGGCGCGACAUGAGUGAUUCUAUGCGCAAGCGUUGGAAACAACUCAAGAAGGGAAUUGAUGACCGGAUGAGCUGGGUGAAUGACGUCUCGAAGACCACUCACCAAAUUCUGGGUUACACUCCUCGCCGGCUUUUCCUCGCGGUUGGUCGCAAAGGAAAUAAAGCCAUUCAAAACACCGGCCAAUCUCUUCAACAUGCAGCUCACCAAGCUUUUGAGCGCCUUAAGCACCUCAUGGAUGAGUAUAAAUUGCGUUUUCGUGCCAAUAAAAAGCAGCAAUCGAGAUCACCUCCCCAGGACGGAGGCCCAUUGGAAAGCCCUGACAGCCGUGAACAUAUCCCAUCCUACUCCCACACCGAUGCUCGUCCUGCCAAGGAUUCUGAACUCACGUCGUCCUAUCCAAAGAGUAUUCGUAUUGAUGAUCCAGACAUGAAACAUCCCAUACAGAUGAACCAUACAUCAUCCCCACGAUCAAACCAUAGCUCAAAUCCUUCGGACCUAAGUACAGCCACAAGCCAAAGUCCAGCACCUCCACCGCUACCGGAAAGACCUCCACCGGAGCCACUGAUACAACGUCCUCCAGUUCAGUCGACAAGCCCUUCACCCCAAGUACGGCUGACGAAAACUCCAUCCCAGGUGUCGUCGAGAGGACAUCCACCCCCGGUACCCCGUAAGAAAGAAAUCCUUCGAUCUCGUGCCCUUAAAAAUGCGAACUCGUCGUCACGUUCUUCUUUCGAGAGACCCAGGCAAUGGGCUGAAUGCAGGAGUAUCAUACCCCAACAAGACCAUACUUUAUCACCUCCCAGGCCUCUCUUCAAGCGUCCGUCUACACCUACACCUGGCGCUGACAGAAGAUCUGGGCCUGACUUGACUGGGGCGUCCGCUCCACCCUUGUUGCCAUCUGAGGAGACCCGUGUUACUUCUCCUUCUGGAAGUGUUCAGAACUUGGUUUCAGUCUUUCAGGAUAAAGGAGGGAAGAGUGAGGAUGCGAUUGAACUGGGGACUGAGGAGUGA